CUCCGGCAUCGCUGCCAGAUCGCGUUUUACCUCUCGUUGCACCCCUACUACUUCAUCUCCAACCGGCCGGCCGGCUGCAAUCCUUGACGGGCCGAUCGACGUUGGUUUUGGUGGAGGAGCGAAGAACUGAUGGAAGAGACGCCCGCAAGUGGGAUCUGCAAUAUUUUUGGGGACUCGGAGGAGUUCAUCCUGAUCGAAAGAAAGUCAUCAGACUACUGGGAUAGCUCGGCGAGAAAUAGUUCAGGUCACCAUUUCGAGUUCACCUCUCAUUCAAUACUUAAGGACUGUCGUCAAGACGCACUAGCACCUCCGCAAGAACCCAGAGAGCGGCGAAAAAUUAAAAUCGUCAAACUCAGGCACCUGCACAUGUUACCGGCGCGUGAUGAGGAGACGGAAGCCUUGGCAGCGGGAGCGACAGCACCUCAAGCUCCAUUGCCAGCGCUCAACUUGGAGGACAAGGAUGGGAGUGCUGCUGACGUGGCCAAUGCCAAUGCCGAUAAGCCACAAGGUUUUGAGUAAAUAAGUUCCUACUCCUAGAUGGAACAAUAUUGCUGUAUGAUACUCCUAUAUUAUGAUGAAGCAUGCUUAACAUGCUUAGGUUCUUGAGUUAGUAUCAUAUCAUUGUUUGUCGUGUGUGUUGUCCAUUUCUUAGACGCAUUUGCUUGUAUCUUGA